GGCAGUUCUUCAACUCUUGUUUGCAGUGAACAUCUAGCCGUUGAUUUGAGCUUUGUGAUCUAAAGAGACUUUGCCAAUGUCUUUAAUGAGUUGGGUAUGAGUUGAGGGAGAAAACGUAGUUACAAUAAUCCAUUGCAGGUUGCUCAGUAGGGUUUGGAUCCUGAUGUUGUGGUGGAACUUCGGACAUAAAAGUAAAGAUCUUCAGUGAGGUUUGGGUCAGCUGAGACCUGUUGUCUCAGUGUCCUGCCCAAGAUCCACCAGCAGAAGGUGCAGUUGGAGGCUGAGCUGUGUCCAGGGAAGUGAACUUCUCAUGAAUAAUGGACCGGCUGCCUGAUGAAUAUGCACGCUGGCUGCUGUGCCUGGGAGGGCUUCGUAAAUAAUUCAUGAGCAGAAAAUGUUCUUCACCUUGCAACUGUACAGGAACGGAACGUCCCCGCUGCUGAGCGACGGCCGAGAGCAGCCCCGGUCCUGCGGCCUGAGACGCCGACGGGCGUCACCGCGAGUCCGCUGCCCGAGGGAAGUCGGAGUGGCGCAUCCGACGAGCGGGAGCAGCGAGAGACCCGUCGCCCUCCGGGAGCCUCCUGCAACCCGGAGCAAACACAUGUGGGAAGCCUGAGCCGGCUCGCCGUGCCCUGCGCAGCCGCCGUGCCGGGGACGCCAUGGACACCGAGGCCGUGCAGCCGCAGGAGGCCUCGCUGACCGUCAACGAGCAGGUCAUCGUGAUGUCCGGCCACGAGACCAUCCGCGUGCUGGAGGUCGGCGUGGACACCCCGCUCCCGGCCGAGGAGGCCCGGAAAGCCUUGGAGAUGCCGGCCAGGGAGACGGCUCGGGGCUCGCCGGGCGGAGCGGCCGAGCCGGCCGCGGAGGACGUCCCGGCCGGCGCCGAGACCUCGGGCGGCGCGGCCGCGGUCUUGACUCAGGAAAACUUAGCAACAGUUGUGACAGGAGUAAUGGUUCCAGCAGGGACAGUUACUCAACCUCUUCUUAUCCCCAUCAGUAUUGCAGGUCAAGUGGCAGGUCAGCAGGGGCUGGCUGUGUGGACAAUUCCUACAGCAACGGUCGCUGCCCUUCCCGGACUGACGGCUGCUUCUCCUACAGGGGGAAUUUUCAAAGCGCCUAUAGCCAAUGUGCAAGCGGCCGCCGUGCUCAACGCGACGAUCCAGGCACCGGCUCAGCCGGCCCCGCCACCCCGGCCGCCCACGCAGCCGCCGCCGGGCACCUUCGCCCCGGCACCCGGCCAGGCGCCCCUGCUGCCGCAGCCGCCCAAGCCCAUGGAGCCACCGGCGCAGAUCACCGUGCAGCCCGCAGGCUUUGCCUUUAACRCUGGCAUAAUCAGCGCUGCCACGCUGGGGGGGCAGCCCCAGCUGCUCGGCUCCUUGGCGGCCACCCCCGUCAUCGCCAACGCCCUCCCCAGCGUGCAGGGCCUCGCGGGCCAGCUCAUCACCAACGCACAGGGCCAGGUGAUCGGCACCCUGCCCUGGGUGCUGAACCCCCCCACGCUGACRGCGCCCAGCCUGCAGGUGCAGGCGGUGACGCCGCAGCUGCUGCUCAACGCGCAGGGCCAGGUCAUCGCCACCCUGGCCGGCGGCACCCUCCCGCCCGCUGCCACCACCAAGAAAUCCRUCGCCCCCGAGGCUCCCGCCAAGAGUGAGGUGCAGCCCAUCCAGCCGGCGCUGCCGCAGCCGGCCGUGGUGAUCAGCAACGCGGCGCCGGCCGCCAAACCCUCGGCCGCCCCCGUCCCCAUCGCCUGCUCCGAGACCCCCACCGUGAGCCAGCUGGUGUCCAAGCCGCAGGCUCCCAGCGCCGAGGAGGACGGCAUCAACCUGGAGGAGAUCCGCGAGUUCGCCAAGAACUUCAAGAUCCGCCGCCUCUCGCUGGGGCUCACGCAGACGCAGGUGGGCCAAGCGCUGACGGCCACCGAGGGCCCUGCCUACAGCCAGUCGGCCAUCUGCAGGUUCGAGAAGCUCGACAUCACGCCCAAGAGCGCCCAGAAGCUGAAGCCGGUGCUGGAGAAGUGGCUGAGCGAAGCGGAGCUGCGCAACCAGGAGGGGCAGCAGAACCUGCUGGAGUUCGUGGGCGGCGAGCCCUCCAAGAAGCGCAAGCGCCGCACGUCCUUCACGCCGCAGGCCAUCGAGGCGCUCAACGCCCACUUCGAGAAGAACGCGCUGCCCACGGGCCAGGAGAUCACCGAGAUCGCCAAGGAGCUCAACUACGACCGCGAGGUCGUGCGCGUCUGGUUCUGCAACCGCCGCCAGACGCUCAAGAACACCAGCAAGCUCAACGUCUUUCAGAUCCCCUAAAAAUGGGAGAAGAGGUGAAAUAGAGAAGGGGGGGGGGCUGCUCCGCAGCGCCCGCCCCAACCGUGAGCACUUUGCGCCCGAUCUGCCCCCAUCCCUAAUGUCGCCGUGAGCCCAGUGUGUCCCCCUCGGUGUCCCGAGCCCCGUCCCCUGCCGCCGGUGGGAGCCGAGCGCAGAGAGGGGCCGGGGGCAGCCGGCACAGGGAGG